AUGAUCGGUGGAUCUGGGAAAAGAGGCUCGGCGGCCAGCAGCAGUAAGCCGCCGUCGUCCACAGCCACGGCUGUGACCGCGGCCGAAGACAAAGCGUCUGCGGCCAGCGGGGUCUCGAAGGGUGACGACAAAAAAGACGAGGCAAAAGAUGGGGUGGUUCCUAUAACUCUACCAAGUCCAGGUUCGUCUAUCAGAGACGGAGCCCAACGAAUUUUACAACUGAGCCAAAAAUCGGAAUGGCCACCAUUAGACCAGGCUUUAAAGGUGGUCGAAAAACUGGUGUCUACCGGUGGCGAAGAUGUGACGUCAACACCAUUAGCCGGUGUUGUGGAUCAGAGCAAUGGCAUGACACCUUUAAUGUAUGCAGUUAAAGAAAGCAAAACUACUUUCCUAGAACGUUUGAUAGAUCUAGGAAGUGAUGUUACGAUCAGAAAUAAUGAAAAUUUUAAUGCGUUGCAUUUGGCUGCUACGUACUCCAGAGAAGACGUGAUAAAAGUUCUAUUGCCGAAAAAAGGCGUGGACGUUUACUGCCCAGGAGGACCAAAACAACAAACGGCUGUACACAUGGUGGCAAGCAGACAGACGGGUACAGCGACGAGCAUACUUCGAGUUCUUCUAGGGUCUUGCGGAAAAGAUAUUCGCACCAUUGCCGAUGGGGACGGGAAAAUCCCACUUCUGUUGGCCGUGGAAACCGGUAACCAAUCUAUGUGCCGAGAACUACUGUCGACCCAAGCUGUUGAACAGCUGAAGUACAAAACUAAAUCCGGUGACAUGGCUAUCCAUUUAGCUGCCAAACGAAAAGAUAUGGACAUGAUAAAAAUAUUAAUUGACUACGGUGCUAGUGUUGAUAGUCAAAACGGCCAAGGGCAAACAGCUCUUCAUAUUGCUUCAGCCGACGGAGACGAAGCUUUGGUUAAAUAUUUUUAUGGUGCUCGAGCCAACGCUUCUAUAACGGAUAAUCAAGACCGAACUCCGAUGCAUUUGGCUGCCGAAAAUGGACAUGCUAAUAUCAUUGAGUUAUUGGUGGAUAAGUUUAAAGCUUCGAUAUUCGAGAGGACUAAAGACGGUAGUACUCUAAUGCAUAUAGCAUCAUUGAACGGCCACGCGGAUUGUGCGAUGAUGUUGUUUAAAAAGGGGGUGUACUUGCACAUGCCAAAUAAAAGUGGCGCUAGAAGUAUACACACAGCAGCCAGAUACGGGCAUGUCGGAAUUAUCAAUACGUUGCUGCAAAAAGGGGAAAAAGUCGACGUCACAACAAAUGACAAUUACACUCCUUUGCACAUAGCAGUGGAAUCCGUUAAACCAGCUGUAAUAGAAACUCUAUUGGGAUACGGAGCUGAUGUACACGUAAGAGGCGGAAAACUGCGUGAGACUCCGCUUCACAUAGCCGCCAGAGUAAAAGAUGGCGAUCGCUGUGCUCUCAUGCUGCUCAAGUCCGGAGCCGGUCCAAAUCUAGCCACGGAUGACGGACAAACCCCUGUGCACGUGGCUGCCCAGCACGGAAACCUCAUAACACUUCAGUUAUUACUGGACGACGGUGGAGAUCCUCUUUUCAAAAACAAUGUGGGAGAAACUCCGUUGCAUUUGGCAUGCAGAAGUUGUCAAGCAGAUAUCGUCGGACAACUAAUAGAUUUUGUCAAAUCCAAACAAGGAGAUGAAGUAGCCAAUUCUUAUGUAAAUAAUGUUAACGAAGACGGUGCUUCUGCUCUACAUUAUGCUGCCAACAUAAAAAAAUCCGAAGUCAAUGUAUCAAAACCAAAUCAUGAUGCUAAAGUUAUAAAAUUACUUUUUGAAGGUGGAGCUGACAUAAAUUUACGGACAAAACUGCAUCAUGAAACAGCUUUACACUUUUGUGCUGUAGCUGGAAACAACGAUGUACUUACAGCAAUUCUAGAUGGAAUGUCACCAUCUGAAGUGCAACAGUCGAUGAACCGUCAAUCCAGUGUCGGUUGGACUCCUUUAUUAAUCGCUUGCCAUAGAGGCCAUAUGAGUUUAGUGAACACUAUGCUGAAUAACCACGCAAGGGUAGACGUGUUCGAUAACGAAGGUCGGUCUGCUCUGCAUUUAGCCGCUGAAAGGGGAUAUUUGAAAGUAUGCGAUGCGCUGCUGACACAUAAAGCAUUCAUAAACAGUAAAUCGAGAGUCGGCUGGACGGCACUGCAUCUAGCAGCUAUGAACGGCUUUGCCGAUCUUUGCAGAUUUUUGAUCCACGACCACAACGCAGUAAUCGACAUCCUCACCCUAAGAAAACAAACACCUCUACACUUGGCCGCGUCGGCGGGCCAACUGGAGGUGUGUCGACUGCUUUUGGAUUUGGGGGCAAACAUAGAUGCGACCGACGAUCAAGGACAAAAACCAAUUCACGUCGCAGCGCAGAAUAAUUUCCCAGAAGUGACGCAGCUGUUCUUGCAACAGCAUCCACAAUUGGUCUUGGCCAGCACUAAGGACGGAAACACGUGCGCCCACAUAGCAGCGAUGCAAGGAUCGGUCACCGUGAUCGUUGAACUAAUGAAGUUCGAUAAGAACGGCGUGAUCUCGGCUAGAAACCGCAUUACGGAGGCCACACCGCUUCAGUUAGCUGCCGAGGGUGGCCACGCUCAAGUGGUUAAGGUUCUGGUCAGAGCAGGUGCAUCGUGUUCGGAUGAAAACAAGGCAGGGUUCACGGCUGUUCACUUAGCGGCGCAGAAUGGCCAUUUGUCCGUGCUGGAGGUGUUGCGUUCGUCCCAAUCGCUAAAGAUAUCUAGCAAGAGGCUCGGUAUGACGGCACUUCACAUGGCCGCGUACUGCGGUCAAACAGACACCGUUCGGGAACUGCUGUCCCACAUACCGGCGACCGUGAAAUCCGACCCGCCGUCCGGGGUGAGCGUGCUGGGUGUGCUCGGCAACGAGUCCGGUAUGACACCGUUGCAUUUUGCCGCCUACAGCGGCAACGAGAACGUGGUGCGGCUGCUGCUCAACUCUGCCGGGGUCCAGGUGGACGCGUCGACGGCCGAAAACGGCUACAAUGCGCUUCACCUGGCGUGUUUCGGCGGCCACGUAACCGUAGUCGGGCUACUGUUGUCCAGAGCGGCCGACCUGCUGCACAGCGCUGACCUCAAUGGCAAAACGUGUCUGCACAUCGCCGCCACGUACGGCCAUUACGCUAUGGUGGAAGUGUUGCUCGGACAGGGCGCCGAGAUCAACGCGACGGACAAGAACGGAUGGACUGCGAUGCAUUGCGCCGCCCGUGCCGGGUACUUGGACGUGGUAAAACUGCUGGUCGAGUCCGGCGCUUCUCCCAAAGCGGAAACCAACUACGGAGCGUCGCCGAUAUGGUUUGCCGCGCAAGAAGGUCAUAACGACGUGUUGGAGUACCUGAUGACCAAGGAGCACGACACGUACGGAUUGAUGGACGAUAGACGGUUCGUCUACAAUCUAAUGAUUUGCAGCAAAAACCAUAAUAACAAACCAAUCGAAGAAUUUAUCUUAGUGUCGCCUGCACCUGUAGAUACUGCAGCAAAACUUUCCAGUAUAUUUAUUAACCUAUCAAAUAAGGAAAAAGAGAGAGCAAAAGACUUAAUAGCUGCAGGAAAACAAUGCGAAGCUAUGGCUACUGAACUUUUGGCAUUAGCUGCUGGUCAAGAUUCAGCUGGUCGGAUUCUAACUGCUUCAGAUCGACGAAAUACUGAAUUUUUAGACGUCCUUAUUGAAAACGAGCAAAAAGAAGUUAUAGCUCAUACUGUCGUACAAAGGUAUCUACAGGAACUUUGGCAAGGAAGACUGAAUUGGGCCGGUUGGAAAACACUACUUAUGUUCUUAGGGUUUAUUGCUUGUCCUCCGUUAUGGAUAGUAUUUACGUUACCGCUAUGGCAUACGUACAGUAAAGUUCCAAUUAUUAAGUUUAUGUCAUAUUUGACAUCACACGUUUACUUAAUGCUUCUAUUGCAAAUGGUCGCUAUCACUCCGUAUCAUAAAGCGGCACGAUCAACCUUAUCUCCCUAUUGGUACGAAUGGUUACUUUUGGUUUGGUUAAGUGGUUUGCUGCUGUUCGAACUUACUAAUCCAAGUGACAAGAGCGGAUUGGGCUGGGUGAAGUUAGCUGUUCUGUUAUGGAGUGUCAUAGGAGUGGCGUUUCAUUUAGUCGGAUAUUUUAAUCUUGUUUCCUCUCCAUAUCUUCCUACCGUCAUAUAUCUGAGAAAUCAGAUGUUCGCUAUAUCGUUUUUAAUGGCGUGCGUUCAAAUCUUGGACUUCUUGUCGUUCCACCAUUUGUUUGGACCUUGGGCUAUAAUAAUUGGCGAUUUAAUGAAGGAUUUAGCAAGAUUCCUAGUAGUACUGAGCAUUUUCGUUUUUGGUUUUUCAAUGCAAAUCGUAGCUAUGAACCAUCCCAUCAAGAAAAAAUUAGAAAGACAAAACUCAGAAAUAUUUUCAGAAGUCUUAAUGAGCCCAAUAGAUGCAUUUGAAUUACUUUUUUUCGCUGUGUUCGGUAUGGCAACGCAUACCGAUUUAAGACAGGCCACUAAUAGUGAUCAACCAUCGUGGACGGUUUACUUGUUCAAAGCCGUCUUUGGUAUCUAUAUGUUAGUUUCGGUUGUCGUGCUAAUUAAUCUGCUCAUUGCUAUGAUGAGUGAUACUUAUCAAAGAAUUCAGGCUCAAUCUGAUAUUGAAUGGAAGUUUGGACUGGCCAAAUUGAUUAGAAAUAUGCACAGGACAACUACGACGCCAUCGCCUCUGAACUUAAUUACAACUUGGUUUAUGUAUUUACUAGAGAUAUGCAAGAAAAGAGGUAAAAAUAGGAGAAAGAAAAAUAUUCAGGAAACACUUACGAACUUUUCUAAACUGUUAAAUACAGUUAAGCAAAAAAAGCGCCCAAGCUUAUCACAGAUGGUCGACAUGAAAACGAAGGGACGAGUAAGUGCCAGGACUCGAAUGGGCAAUAAAUGGUUAUCAAAAGUGAAGAAAGCUCAAGUAGUACCGAGAGAGUCAACGUCAGUUAGCGUGGUGCACUUGAGCCCGUAUGGAUCCCAAAUAAGCUUUUCCAGUUUAUCGAACCGCAUCGAAACUGUCACGGACUGGGAUUCCAUAGCGAAGAAAUACCGAGCAUUACAGGGUUCUAGUGAAAAUGAUGAAAGGGAAGACACAAAGGCGUCGAACGCUUCGAUGGAACGAUUAACAAGAAGCAACAGUGAAGCGCAAUCAGACCCUCAACCAUUAAUGGCAAACAACAUUAAUAAUUUCCCUUGA